UACUGUUGUUCCUGUGCACUAAACAGUAAUUUCCAUCUGAAAUAAUUGUCUCUCUCCUGACACAGAAGUACCCUUCUCACAACCAUGGCAAGGAAAAUGCUUUCUGGAAGCUGCCUUUUUCUGCUCUUUCAGUUUUAUGUCUUCAGCAACACAAUCAGUCACUUACAAAAUGAGGCUCUAUAAAACUUAACAAGGUGUAGUAUCAGGUACGUGAUGCGGGAGCUUCCAUGUCUCAUUAAAACUGGGUGGGGGAGAGAGAGGAAGGAGAAAGGAUAUUUGACACGAAGUGUAACAUUAAAAAUGUGCAGGCAUUGAACUGUCUGUUCUGAGGGGCAGAGUCAAUUUUAGUAUGCUAAAGAGACUUGUUUAAAAAAAAAAAUCAGGCAGGAGCUCCUUAGUGGUUCCAUGACUCUUCUAUGUUGUUAGCCUUAGUAUGGCUGCAAUCAGCAGUGCUAGAAGGUCCUGGCGUUUUGCCACAUGGACUGUUCUGUAAGUGCUGCUCUAUCUGAGAGCAGUGCUGCUUCAGAGGAGGAGAUUCGCUUCACCUGGUGAGGUUCCCUGUGAAAUAUGAAGCAUCUUUUGAAGAAAGUAUCUGUUGUAACUUUAUUUUGUGAAAAUGAGAUUAGAAAAGUAGAGCGUGUGGUUUAUUUUCCUCACUCUGUUGAGAGUCCCCUUAGCUCGAGCUGUCCUCUCCCACUUGGCAUUGUUCUGGGCCAAGGCUUCACAGAGCUGGGGGAUGGUUUAUUUGUAAAUUGGAGAGCUGAUGGUAGACAUUUCCAAAACGGUUUUCUACAGUUCCUGAAUAACUACGGAAGGGAAGGAGGAGGGGGUUACGGAGCGUUAAGGGCUGUAGAAGCACCGCGAGCGAUCCGCUGCCGUCGGGAACGAGCGCAGAUCGCCGCUUGCCGCCGCCGCCGCCCCGCCCUUAGCGGCUUCUGCCGCCAUUUCCCAGCGCUCCGCGCGGCGGCGCCCGACUUGGCCCAGCGCGGCCCUGAGGAGGAAGCGCGGAGCGGCCGCCUCCCGCCCUGGGCGUUCUCCGCGAUGCCGCUGCUGAUUAACGGGGAGCGGAUUGAUCUGACUCGGCUCACGGGAAGCGUGAUCCGCGCCCACCCGCACCUCGAGGAAAAGGCAAAACUUCUAAGAAGUCAGCCUACCCAAAUUGUGGAACCCAAAGGGCUUCUGUAUGUCCAGCAGAGAGAAUUUGCAGUGACCACCCCUAAUGAUGGCAGCGGAGCCACCUGCUUGACACACUGUGAUGGAUCAGACACAGAAGCGGAGGUGUCGCUCAUCAUGAGUUCAGUAAAAUCUUUCUCUAACACCACAGGGUAUGGAAGGCUGGAAGUGCACCUAGUUGGAGGUUUCAAUGAUGAUAGGCAGUUAUCACAAAAACUUACUAAUCAGCUUCUUAGAGCAUUUGAUCUCCAACCAGAUGAUGUUCAUUUAGUGACUUUCUGUGUAACAGAACUAAAUGACAGAGAAGAGAAGGAUAUUCAUUUUCCAAUCAUUUAUGGAAUAGCUGUGAAUGUAAAAACAGCAGAGAUUUUCCCUGCAACUUUUCCAGAAAAAGGGCCAGAUGAGGAUUUGCGUUCAGCCCAUGUUUUAACAGGAGCAAGACUGACAAACAUUUAUGAUGCAAAGACUGAACAACUACACAUUGGACCUUAUUUCUGGAGGCCUUUCCCACAUGUGGAUUUCUGGUUAGAACAAGAUGAUCAACAGAUUCUACAGAAUCUUUCCACAUCGCCUUUGGCUGAGCCACCCCACUUUGUUUCCCACAUUCGUUCUACAUUAACAUUUUUAAAAGAACAUCCAUUUCCAUCUCAUUCCCUGUUUCCUGAUAGAAAACCUCGCAUAUACAAAAAAAAUGAAGAAGGGUUGUGGGAACUGGUUUGUUCUGACAAGGCCUAACUUGGAAGCCAACAUCAGCUGCUCUAGGGAAGCAUAGCAGUGCCGGAAGAACAGCAAGUUGUAAAAAGCAUGCUGCUGGUCAUGGAUAGUAGUGUUCCUAUGCUUUUCAAAAUAAAAUAUUUCAACAGAAGUAACGUUUCUUCUGCAUUACUUAAGUAGGAACCUCGAUUACUUUGAAGUAAUUGUUUUUUGUUUCAGUGGUUUAUCUGUGCUGAUCAGACUGCUAUAAUACAGACAAAUGGCAGUGUUGCAACCCAGAGGCUAGAAGUCACCAUAUGAACAUGGACUUGAGAAACUCUUUUUCUAUGCAAAGUGAAAGAAAGUUGCUUAUGCUUAAAGUCUACUGGAACUUCUACAGGAACUUCAUUCAAAAAUAUAUCUUUAGAAUAAUCAUUUGAAGAUUCUUUAUUGAAACAGUCAGAUAGGAGCUGAAGAAUGAAGCUCAUUCCACCAAAACUACUGGUUUAACAAUUCCAAAUAUAAAAACAUUAGAAAAUAAUCAUUGUGGUGAUAACUUUAAUCCCCACGAAUUACUCUUAUUAACUUAUUCAUUGCACCAAAGAAAUCACUGAGGAAGACUAGUCAACUUAACUGUUUAUGCACUUCAGAAAAAUUGCACUCUGAUUUACAUAAGUUACCCCAAGAGCAAAAUUCACCCACAAGAUCUAAAUGCUGCAAGUCAAAUGAGGUGACAUUACUAUUAAAAAAAAAAA